AACUUUCAUUUGAAAUUAAAAUCAAAACUUCACACGCAAGAUUUGUAUUCUAAACAAUAUGCUUCCAGUAAAAAAGAGAUUUAGGUGGAACCUUUCAUUUUCUAAUGAUGAUAAUCUCAAGGAAUUGGAAAAAAAGACAAUUAGUUGGAAUCAUUCAUCUUCUACUUCUAAGGAGAGUAUCCGACACGUCUCGAAUAUGAUUAUGGCUGGUGGAGAAAACCUAUGGGGUGCUAAAAAAAGGAGAACCCUCGUUUCUAAAAUGGAGGCUAAAGAUUGCAACGACGACUCAAAUAGUACGGAUAGGUUGACCCGAGGAGAUAGCAUCAUGGAUGGAAGCAAGGUUGAUGAGGGCCUUAAAAGGAAUAGUUUAGAUUGUAAUGCAGUUUCCAAAGAUUGUAUUCUGCCAUCUGAAGAUGCCAAUGUGAGCGUGGAGUAUACUUCCACUACUCACGGCGAGACAUCACCAAAACGUGUUGAGAAUGACAAGGGUGAAAAUUACACACCUAAAAGAAAAAACACAGCAAUGGAUACUGCUACAUUGGUUGAUGAUGACUACUUGAUAGAAAGGUCUCGCUACAAUGUUGUCGAAACCAGUACGUCUACGUCUUCCAAAAGAAUAAGGUGGAGCAGUAGUGUUGAUCAACCUACUUCAAAAUCGACUGAUGAAAAGUCAUGUGCCAGAAAUAUGGAAGACUCGGGUAGAUCUCAACAGAAGAGCUUACAUCUUUCACUGAAGUCAGAUAUAGCUAAACUUUGUGAAAUUCUUCUUCUCCCGGAUAAUGUCAAGAGUAUGGUCGGAAAGAUUCUUGAAUAUAUCAUUAACAAUCGGAUCUGUGCAGAACCAGUAACAAUGUUACAGGCUUUUCAAUUAUCUCUGUGUUCGAUUGCUGCUUCUUUGUUAAAGCAGAAACUUGACAUUGAAGCUUCCCUCAUUCUUGCAAAGAAGCACUUAAAUUUUGACUGUAAGAAAUAUGCAGUUGAUCAAAUUAAUGAAAUGUUGUGGCAUCUAAGGGAAAAGUUUUUAUUACUCAAAGAAAACUCUAAUGUCAUUGGCUCUCCAGAGGCUUUUGAAUCAUCAAAUAGGGUUCACUCGAACACAUUAAUAAUGCCAUAUGUUGAAUCAACCGAAACGUAUGUUUCAAGAAUUAUUAAUGAAAGUCAGAAGCGCAAAAACCAAUGGAGAAAGCUACUUGAUAUGCAACUGGAAAAUGAAUAUAAUUUGAAAAAAGAUUUUGAGACCAAAGAGAUUGAUUUUGGAAAAAGGUACAAAAUAGAGUUGGCAGCUUAUCAAAAAUAUUAUGUGAUGACAAAAGCGAAGCUCGAGGAUUACAAAGCGGAAUAUUAUAAAAGACUUGCAGAAUUGAAGAGACAUCAUGAUGAACGUCUCAAGGAUUUCAAGACCAAGAAGUUAGAAGCAAGGCAGAAAUUCCGAGAGUCGUGGACACUAGAUGAAGUGUUAGAAACUUCCGGUGAAUUGAGUAGGGAGGAAGCCGUGAGGUUGCCCAACAUAGUCAAAAGUACUGAUAAUCUUCAAGAGAAGGCAACAACUCUGAAUUCUUCGUCAACAGAUCAAAAAUCUAAUGCAGGUUUCGAUAGGGUUGUAUCAUCAAGACCUUGUAUCUCUAUCUCUUCUAGCGAUGAAGAGUCCGAUUGUCAAAUAAUAGACAAUGUGGUAGUGAAUAAGAGUACUACAUCAGACCAUGAGGAAGUAGUACAUAAAUCCAUGACAGAAAACACUACUUUGUCCCCGGUGACUUCAGUAUCUAGACCACUUAAUCUCAUUGAACCUCAAGAAAAAGUGAACUUGAAGCCAUUAUCAUCUGUAGAGUUACCUCCUAGUCGUGUUAUUAUUUUAUCUUCUAAUCAAUCCAAUCAUGUUCCAAUGGUCAUGGAGCCUAUAGAGAAGAUGCAGCAGUUACCUUCUUCUUCAAGGUUCCUUUCUUCCAACCAGGAUUUCUCUAGUCAAGAUGCUCUCUCCAGCAAGAUUUGUGUGGCAUCAACUGGGUUUCAAAAUCAAGCCUCUAAGAAACCUGCCUCAAAUUUGGAAGUAGGUUCACGUACGCAUCAAUUAGUGCCUCCAAUCUCGAACAUGGUCAUUGAAUCCCAUGUGUCUAGUGUAGUCAGAGCUCAGUCCUCAAACACAAGAAAUUCGUGCACUCAAAGACUUAUCAAUAAUCAUCCUAUUCAAACUGCUGUACAAUCAGCUUCGAGGAAUGUUCCACCUUUGUGCAAUGAUCCAUUUCGUAAUCAAUUGGAAACAAUAAGGAAUCAUGUUGAGCAAAAUGCGAAAAUCCGUGAACAAAUGGAAUUACAUAUGAAAUAUAAAUUUGAGAAGGGCAAGAACAAGAUUCAGGCUAAAUUUCAGGAAGAGCGUCAGAAAACAGCUUACUUAAAAAUGAUGUUGGUCGAUGCCAAGCCUAAUCUCGAGAUUCCUGGUGCAUCGCAAAUGCUGCACCUGCAAGAUGCAGGUUUUAACACAAUGGUACAUAAUCUUCCAAUACAGCAAAAUGCUACUCGUCCCUCUCUUGAUACUAGUUCAUCUUCCCGUGAACGUGCUGCAGCCACUUCGCAGAAUUCAUAUGCUUCAGCUAGCUCUCAUAAUAUGGUACUAUCACCAGCUUUACAUACCUCUUACAAUACAUCGGAAGUUUUCAGGGAUUUUUCUGCAAGACUACCCAUUUCUUCAGCCUCAAGAAAUCUUCACACUGGUGGGGAGGCAUCGCAUCUCCCACCUUAUGGCUCCUCCACAUUUCUACCGGCUUCAUAUGUCAGUGGAAUUCUGCAUGGUAUGCCAAGUCACCAUGCAACACAAUCUCGUAUCAACUCCAUUGCUUCAGCCUCAAGAAAUCAUCAAGCUGGCGGUGGAGUUCCAUAUGGUCUGACAAGUUGCUCUGCAGCACCAAGUACUUCUCCUGCAAGUUCUUUCUCAUCAUCAUUAUCUCAGUGGCUUGCCAAACCAAUUUCGCUGCCAACGGCUAUCUCUAAGGUUGGUACUCAUAGGGGGCAUGGGAAAGAGAACGUAGGGUUGUCCCCCGAUACUCAUACUCUAUCUUUCAAGGAUAUGCACAUGAAUCCUAAUAGGAAAUAGACAAUUGUGUUUGGGCCUAAAAUUUCCGGUAACCAAUGUUUAGUUGAUUAGCGAACAAAAUUUAUUGUCAUAUCAUAUAUUUUAUAUUAAUUUAUAUUCAAAUAAAUUUCGAUUUGAAA